AUGGCAAACCAAGAAUCAACAAGCUCGUCGCGGCGACCCAUAGAGAUCUCGUUCCCUCUACCGAAGGCUCCAGACACUAGGAUACACCUCCGCCUUACGAUCUCAUCGACUUCCAUAAUCCUUUUCCUCACUACAACAGUGAACAGCGAUACGUCUAGCACAGCUCCUCUUGGUUCGUUUGUCUAUGCUAUGCCAGACAGACUAAAUGCUGGCCAAACAUUGUCUACUCCACUCUACACAUACGAGUCUUCUGUGGAGUUUACCACCCGCCUUGCUAAACUGCUUGCUCGGAGAACGAAACGUCCCGUCUAUGUGGGAAACUCAAUAAGUUUUGCUGGCGCAGGAAUGGGUGGUACGGUUGAGGAAGAGAUGGAAGGGUUUAAGAAAGUGGUCGAGGUUGUGAUGCAGGAGGUCGCUGAAGAUUGA